GAAUCGAAUUAAAAAUGGCCGGUAAAAAACAUAAACAAUCUCGGAAAAUCUUAAUUUAAUUUACUAUUCAAUUGAUUUAUAAAAUGCAAGUUGAUUUCUCUGCACCUGUCUAAAGAUUUAUUUUUCAAAGAAUGUACGUUAUUUGAAAAAAAUGAAACAAAAUGUCUGGAUUAAAAAAGUUAUUAUCAGGGAAAAAAAAAUCUGCACAAAAAAACCAAAAACAAGAAGAAACAGCUGAGCUACAAAAAGCUUCCUUAGGUAACUUGUCCUUUAGAAGUAAAUCAGGAAGCAGUAUAGAUCUUAUAGGCUUAUCAGAAAAUAAAAAUGGUUAUAUUGUAAAGAACAAAGAUUUAUCUAAAGUUUCAAAAGCAGUUUGGCAAGGUGAUUUGCUAAAAUUGAAAGAAGUUGCAAAUAAUAAAAAGAAAGUAAACUGGAAUGAAACAGAUAAAGAAAACAGAACUGUGCUUCAUUUGGCAUGUGCACAAGGGUUUGCAGAGAUUGUUGAGUUUAUUAUAUCAAACGGUGCUAAUGUCAACAUGAGUGAUUCAGAAGGAAAAACACCAUUAAUGAAGGCUUGUGAACAAAACAAUACAAAAAUUGUAGAAUGUCUUUUAAAAAAUGGUGCUGAAACAAAUGUUUUUGAUAUGAAUCAUGUAUCAGCAAUGCAUAUUGCAGCUGCUCAAGGUAACAUUGAAAUUGGUAUGAUGUUAGCUGACCAUAAUGCAAAACUUGAUGUUAAAGACAAGAAUCAAGUUACACCACUUCACUUAUGCUGUGCCUUGGGUAAUAAAGAUUUUGUAGAUUUUUUGUUAACUGAGUAUGUAGCUGUUAAUUGUAUUGACUCUCAAAGAAGAACACCAUUAAUGGCAGCAUGUAUCGAUGGCCAUGAAGAUAUUGUUGAGCUUUUAAUUGAAAACAAUGCUGAUGUUUUAUUGGUUGAUAAAGAUGGGUUAACUGCUUAUCAAUUAGCGGAAAGCUACAAAAACUCUGGUAUUUGUGCUAUUCUUAAAUCUCACACUGCAAAAGUAAACAGACAAACACCAACAAGCAGAGAAUCUCCUUUAUCAAAAGAUGCAUUAUUUUCUCCAGUUGCAAAAUCUCUCAAUGAAAUGUUCUCCCCUUCUGGUUCUUCUGGAUCUCGUGGGUCAGCAAUAAGCUUUACUGCUGCUGUUAUACCAACAAAACCAAUAUUUGGACAACCUACUGAAAAUUUUGAAGCUACAGAAAAAUCAGAGGAAAGCUAUUCAGAAAAGCUUGGUGACAAUUCUUGGGCAGACUCAGAUUCAGAAAAACUUUCAAAACAGCAAAAAAUACCAAAGGGUUUAAAUUUCUCAUCAUUGAUAAAGAAAAAAGAAUUUGAAAAGGAUUCUCAUAUAGUUCUCUCAACUGAUAUCGAAAAAAAGAAAUUAGAUGUGAUUAACAACAGUAUUUCCACAAUUGACACGUUAAAAACAAAUGUUGAACAACCAGUCAUAGAAAGAAAAAAUGAUUCUUUGUUGAAGGCAAAUAAUAUUUUUUUGCCAAAGGAAGUAAAUAAGUUAGAAGAGGAAUCACUAAACAUUAAAAAUAAAAAGUUAGAAGAGGAAUCACUCAACACCAAAAAUAAAAAAACUUCAAAGCCAAUUGCAACUAUCCCUCCUCCUCCAUUAGAUAUAGAGUUUAAUGGAAGCUCUUGGUCACAAUCUGAUGCUAGUGAUUUUAGUGACUUACCAAUAAGUGAUUUUAAUAAGUCAAGUCAUGACCUCAUAAAUGAAGAUGGCACAUCUGAUCAGGUACCAAAAAAUGACAAAAACAAUAAUGAUAUCGAAUUUUCAAUAGGACAAGCCGAUUCAAAAUGGGAUAGUGAGGAAAGUGAAGUAGAAGAUAGUCCUUUAUAUAAAAAUAAAGAUGUGAACAUUAAAGAAAAUAAUAAAAUGAAUCAACAUCUUGAGGAGGUUGACAGAAAGGCUACUGUUGCUCAGAAAACAAAGAGUAGUUCUGUUUCUGAAGACAUGGAAGAUUCAAGUUGGGAUAGUGAAAAUUCAGAAUUUGUAGAGCAGCAAGUACAGAAAAACACAACUGAUAUUUUAGAAGAUGUGCACAACAUGAGGGAAAAUAAAAAGCUGACUGAAGAAACUUCACCAGAGACAAAUGAUUAUCACCAAGACAAUGAAUUAGAAGCACUUCUAUCUCCCACAAAGCCAAAAAUAACUCCAAGAAUAUUACGCCCAAAAGAAGAUUCACAAACUGUUAAAGCUUUAGAAAAUAAUACAGAAAGUAAAAGUAAAGAUGAUCGAAAAAAGAACUUGAUUGCUCUAGGAAUUUUGACGAGCACAGAAGAAGAAGAAUCUGAAUCAGAAUGGGAAAUUGAGCAGCGAAAGAGAAAAGCAUUAACAAAGAUAAAUCAGACUAGCAAUAACGUUUUAAAGAAAAAUGAUGAAACUAUCCUUCCUACUCCAAAUUCAUUUGUUGCAACUGAAGUGCUGCUACCGUUAGAUUCAGCUGAUCAAGGCAAAAUUAAAAAUAAUAAUAGGAAAGAUAAUUUAGAGUUAAUACCAGGAGAUCAGGUAAAAAAGGAAAUAGCACAUAUUGUUUUUGAUAGCUCUAGUGAAUCCACUGUGCUAUAUGAUGAUGGAGAUGGAAGUGAUGGAGGCCAACAAAUAGACAAAAGUAAAAAUAAACAACCUAAUUUAUUGUAUAAAAGUCAAAAUGAAAAAAAUAUAGAAGAUAAAAUUGUUGUUAGUAUUCAAAAUUCAGAAUCUACUCAUUCUUUAAGUAGAAGUGAUGGAGAAGUAGUUGAUGAAGCUGAUCAAGAAAUAAAAGAAAAUAGUUCUGAAAGUUUUGAUGAUUUUAGUUUAAGUGAGGAAAACAGCAAUUCCAAGUUUAGUGAAGAAAUUUCCGCCAGUGUUAAAGAACCCACAUGUUCAUUGCCAAUGUUUGAUGACAAUGCAGUUAGUCUAAAUUUAAUGGAGUCAAAGAUAAGCAGCCAUUCAGACAUAGUUCAUAAUGUGGAUAACAGUUUUGUUCCUCAAGGAAAACUUUGUCAACCUGUCUUGAACAAUGUUGAAUGCAAGUCAGUAAAGUUUGCUAAAAUAUGUCAAAAUUUAGAAAAUACAGAAAUAGAAAAAAAAGAUGAAGUUGAGAUUCAUAAAAAAAAUAGUAAGUACAAAAAGGAAGAAAAUGCAGUUGAAGAUAAAAUUUCGGAAAACUUUAGUGAAAGAAUAAUCGAAAUUUCUCAAUUAGCUGCUGUUUCUAUUGGAAAAAUUCAUGAUACAAAUGAGAUAGAACAAAACAAUGAUGACAAAAGAAUACUGCUAAUUGCUGAAAAAGAAAAAUUAAUUGAAAAAGAAAUGGACAGAGUCCAAUUACUUCAGAAAGAACUUACAAUGAAAACUGAAAGCUUUCAUUUAAAGGAAAAAGAGUUUGAGACUCAGAAAGAAAUGCUGGUCAAAGAAGAACAAGUUUUAAAAGCUCAAUUAUUUGAAAAAGAAAAUAGGCUAGUUGAAACAAAUCUUUUGUUAGAUUCUGAAGUACAAGCUAAAGAAUUAUUAAAACAGCAAUUGGUUGAAUUGGAGGUUAGCUUAAAAAAAGAAAUUUCAUUUAAAGAAGAAUUGAUACAAUCAAUGACAAAAGCUGAACAAACAAGCCAGGAACUUAUAGAGAGGCUCCGAAAAGAAAUACAAAAUUUGGUUGAUUCAAGAAAUGAAAUGGAGUUAAAGUUAUUGGCCAGUAUUGAAAGUGAGAAAAAAAUCAAAAUUGAGAUGGAAAAUAAAAGAGCAAAAGAUAUAGAAAAUCUGAUUAAUCAAAAAGAAGAAGAACUUCAAGAGAGAAUAAAUCAAAUUCAAACAGAAUAUCAAAGAAAUUCUAAUGAAAAAUUAGAAGAAAAGAACACAUAUUCUAAUAUUGAAACAAUGAAAACCCAUUUUGAAACACUCGAAUAUAGCUUAGAAACAUUAAAAGAAAAGGAAAAAACUCUAAAAGAGAGUUUGGUUCAAGAAGAAGAAGUUCUACGACAGAAUUUACAUGCAAGAAUUGAAAGUGAAGAGAUUAACUUAAGAAAAAAGUUGUUUGCAGAUAUGAAAGUUUUAGAGGAGGAGUUGUAUGCAGAACAUGAAAAGAAGUUAAAAUCGUUGUCAAUUGAGGCAACAGAACAAAAAAAAAAACAUGAAAGUCAGCUUAAUGAAAAAAUUGCAGAAAUGGAGCUAAAAUUUGUUGAAAAGGAAAAAAGUUUAGAAUUUAAAGAAAUUCAACGAAAAGAAAAUUUUGAUCUAGAGGCUGAGAAAAGAGAAACAGAGUUAAGCAAGUCUCUAAAAAUAAUGGAACUUAAUAAAAAGCAAGAGUUGGCAAUAAUGGAAUCAUCUGCUAAAGAAACAUGGGAAAAAAGAUUACAAGUGUUAGAAGAAGAGUACAAGAAAAAAGAGGAAUCGCUGCAUAAAAAAGUGGUUUUGGGUCGAGAACAGGAUGAAGAUAAAAGAGAAACUGGGCGCGGUAAAGUUAAUGAAGUGACUGUUGAUUUUCCAGAUAUGCAUACUAAUGAAAGUAAUUUCAACGAAUUUGUUGGAAGAUCAAAGGAGCUAGAAGAUUGUCUUGCCACAUCGAAAAUCCAUAGAGACCUUGCAAGAAAGAAAGUUCUGGCUAUGACUUCAAUUGAAAUAAACAGACAUGUGGAAACGGAUGAUUUUCUUGUUAUUGAUAUGGAUAUGUCUAGUAAAAGCGCAAUGAUUCAAAAUUUAAAGCAUCAUGGUGAAGGAAACACUCUUGACCACCUUAAGAGCACUUCAACUCCUAAAAAAGAUAAAUAUAAAGAUGAAACACAGAACAGAAGUUUGCAGAAAGAGUUAGAUCUCACUCGAAACAAGUUAAAUUUGUUAAUGGAGAAAGCUAUUGUUCAGGAUCACUUAAGUAAAGAGAUGGAAUGUGAUAUUACAGAAAUGCACAGAACUAUAGAGCUGUUAACUCAUGAAAAUUCAGACAAGGAAAAAAGUCUAUUGGAUUUAGAUUUACAAUUGCGCAGUGUAAAGUACAAACUUGAUCAAGAAGCAGAAGCAAGAAUGGUAGCUGAAAAAAUUUGUCAACAGCUUAAAGAUCAGAUAAACAAAUCAAAUCAAAAAGCUACAAAAGAGGUUGAAGAAAGACUAUCACUGGAGCAGGUUAGUCAACAGACUUUAUCUGAUUUGAAAAUACUUCAAAAUCGAAUUUUAAAAUUGGAAUCUGAAAAAGAAGAACUCAAAGUUCUUCUUGAUGCUGAAAAAAAGGCCAGAUCUUUUCAGGAGGAGUUAUACAAAGAUCAACUACACCAACAUGAGCUUAUAUUGACUGAAGCAAGAAAAUCUUCUUUAGAUCAUGCACAAGCCAUUUCCAAAAUUCAUAUGCUGGAUGAAACAAAAAAACAAGUUGAGAGCUCGGCAGACUUUUUAAAAAUUGAACUAGCCAAGACUAAUGUUGAACUCUCCAGUGCAAAUUCUAAAUACGAAGAACUUAAACAUCGACUAGAAACAGAGUUAAGCUUUUUACAAAAGAGCUGUGAUUCAAAGUCUGAUAAAUUAGUUUUAGUUGAAAAGGAGUUGAUUCAGACACAACUUCAUUUGGAGAAUGAAAAGUCAAACUUCAAAAUUGAAAUGGCAAAGUUACAAAUGCAAUUGGAAAAGGAAGAAAAUCAAUUGCAUAGGCUCAAUGAAGAGGUUCACAGUCUUCAAAAUCGAUUAAAACAGUCUGAUAAAGAGUUUGAUAAACUAUCUGCUGAUAAAUUAGCUAUAGAAAAACAAGCAAUAAUAGAGAGAGAAAAGGGACAUUAUGAGAAGUUAAGUCUAGAAAAGGAUCUCACUUUUACAAAAGAUCAGUUAAAGAGUGCACUAAAACGCUUGGAAUCAUCUGAACUUUCUGCAAACUCACUAACUGAUCAGCUGCAAUCAAUUGAAUUGGCAUUGUCAGGAAAGCGAGAAGAGUUCAUGCACAAUAGUAAUGAAGUGCAGACUUUAAGGGAGGCAGUUCUGCUGUUAGAAAAUAAAAUAAAAAAUAACCAGGAAUUAAAUUCCAAGUUAACAGCCAAACUUGAAUUGGAAGAGGAAAAGAAUAAAACUACUCAGAAUGAGCUUUAUUACGUUAAAAAAGAACUUGAUGUUACUAAAGAACAGCUUAUUGAAAAAGAUCGUGCUACUAAUGUAAAACAGGAUAGUAUGAAUUCUAAUAUGAUCUUAAUUCAAAAUGACUUUUUGAAGGAGAAAUCAGAACUUUUAUUAAUAAACCAGCAAAAUAUGCUGCGAUUAGAAGCAUUUGAAACGAAACUUCAAGAAAGUGAUUUGAAGAUUAAGGAGAAAAAUUCAAAGUACCAAAAACUUUUAAGUGAAACAGAAUCCAUUAAGUUAAAUUUGUUAAAUGUAGAGUCAAGAAUACAAGUCUUAAACAAGGAAAAAGAUGAGUAUGUUAACAAAAACAUAGAACUUGAAAAAACUAUAAAUAAAUUGCGUGAAGAGAAAUAUGAAAUUGAACACCAGCGAUGUAUGUUGGAUCAGAAAUUGAAAGAAGUUUCUCGUACUCUUGAUAAAACUCUUUUAAUUACUGAUGAAACAACAUUGAAACUUUCAAUGCAAUCUUCGGAUGUAGAUAAAAUUACUAAUUCCAAUGUUGAACUGCAAAAUAAUAUAAACAAAUUAAAAAAUGAGAGUAUAUCAAUAGAAGCACGCUUAAGAGAAGAGAAAGCAAAAGCAGAAGUUUUACUCCAAGAUCUUCGUGAAGCAAAUGAAGCUCGUGACCGUCUUGAAGUACUGCUUUCAAAUGCUAAAGGUAACAAUGCAGCACUUGAAGAAAAACUUCACUCCGAGAGUUUAUUUCGCUCUAUGUGUGAAAAAGAAGCAGAAGAGCACAAGGGAUUAUGGGAAUCCGAAAUAAAGUCCAGGUCAAAACUUGGAGUUAAAAUCUUGGGCAUGGAAAAAGAAAUAAAUGAUCUUAAAGCUCAGAUUGAUGAGGAGAAACGCAAGACACGUCGUGCCAUAGAUCUGAAGAAAGCCACUGAUGGAAAAAUUGAAGUUUAUGAACAAAGAUCUGAACAGCAUCAUAGAGAAAUAAUGAUACUCAGGAACAAAAUAAAGCAGUACCAAAAAAAAUUAAAAGGUACAGAAUGUGGAGAAUCUCAAUUACAAACAAUAUAUGCUGACUUUGAUAAAGAAAGACAAUCAUUUUUGUUAGACAAAUUGAACUUAAAAAGACAGCUUGAUCAAGUAUCAGAGCAUUUACGACAAGAGCAAGAAAUGCGUUCACGUCUAGAAAAGAUUAACCAUGAACUAACAAUAGAUAUUGCAAAUCUGAGGUCUGCAGAAAAAGUUUAUUUUAACGAGAGAGAAAGUUUGGAGAAAUCUUUGCGUGAAAACAUAGUUGAAGUUGAAAAUUUGAAAAAAUACUAUGAACACCAUUAUGUAUCAAGAGAAGAAAUAGAAGAAUAUAAAAGAGACAUGGAAACUAAAGCUCGACUUGAUGUGAAUAAAAAAUUACAGGAAGUUAAUUUGCAUCUUGAAGAACAAUCACUCGCAAGAGAAGCAUUUGAAAAAAUAAGAGUAGAAAGAGAAGCUAAAGCAAGAAAAGAUAUGGAGGAAACAAUAUCUCAAUUAAAAAUGGAAAUUAGUUCUCUGAAAAGCAAUUUGUUUGAUGGUUUAGCCAAGAGGGACACAUCAGAAAUUCAAGCCCAACGGUUUAAGACAUUGUUUCAUGAGGAGCGAAAUUUAAAUGACAAAAUUCAUGAAAAACUGGAAAAGACUAACGAUCUUCUUGCUUUACAGCGAAAUUGUACUAAUGUAUUUUUUGAGGAUUCGAUAUCUAAAAUCUCAAAAAAGUUGUUGGAAGAUUCGCCAAAUAAAUACAAAUAUUCUCCAGCGUUUCAUGGACAGUUUAGCAGUUAUCCUAAGCCAACUCUCUGGAGCACCAUUAAAGAAUCUUCUCCUAACGGAAACUCCGCAGAGAGGGACUAUGCUGAUUUAUUUGAAAGAAGAAAUCUGCUCAGCUAAAAAUCUAUAUUUUUUUAAAUUUAAUUAGCAAAUUUUUUUAAAUUUUUUUUAAAGAGGGUAAAAAAUUA